AAAAUACUCUUUUAUAACAAGUUACAUUCUAAUUCUAAUGACAAGUGAAGAAAUUACGAAUAUUGAAAAUGGUAGCUCAAUAAGAUUGGGCCGCCCUACAACUGGCGCCGAUAUUCAUGAAUUGCAACAAAAAAUCAGUCAAGCAGAAAGGGAAUUAAAUAAACUCAAAUUAGAAUUAGAACAAACAAAACAACAAGCAAAACAAGCUGAAGUCUAUGCUCAAGAAAGUGGAAGAACCAAUCGUAAAUUAAAAACAGAAAUUCAAACACUAACAGAUAUGAGUAACCGUAAAGAUAGACAAGCUGAAAAUUCAAAAGCAACGGCCUUUUUCUUUGAGGGGCAAGUGAAGAAAUAUAUGGAUGAGAUAGAAACAGCAAGACAAGGCAUGAGCCAUCUAAGGGAAUUAGAUGAUGAAUUGAAUAAAGCAAGGAUAGAACAAACAGAGCUUGAAAAGUUGGCUAAAGAAGAUGCUGUUCAAACCAAAGCGAUAUUGAAAGCUAUACAAGAGGAGCAUGAAGAAAAGAAAGAAAAUCUAAAUUUACUUAUUGAACAAGCCUUCACUGAACUCGAGAAAACUUCCGAUGAAGCAGUACAAUUACAGCAAGAAAUUCAACAAAAAAUGGAAGCAGAAUUACAUGAAUCUUUUAACAUUCAUACCUUAGAAAAGGAGCAUCGUAUUUUUGAACAAAAACAAAUGGAGGCUGUUAAACAAGUCUAUAAUGAAGUUGAACAGCUUUUAAAAAAAGUGGAACAGUCUGAAGCACAUACUUUAUCAGAUGAAGAAAGCAUGAAGGCCAUAAAGAAAGAAAUGAAUCAUAUUAUAACUCGACUUAGGGCAAUUGAUCAACAACCGUUGGAUUCUUCUUUUAUUACAGAGUAAUUUAUAUUGAAUUAUUAUUGUUUCGAUACCUAUUUAGUUCUGUCCUUCCUUUUUUUUUUCUUAUAUUCAUAUACAUAUAUACAUACACAUAUGAAAUAACAACAAUAUAAUAAUAAUAAUAAUAAUAAUAGCAGCAUUUUGACGAAUAGCAGAAUAUACAUAAUAUUUAUC